GUGUGUCUGUCCCACAACAGAACUGCAGUCGAGACAAGUCUCUUUGUUUCUCUCUCAACUGAAUCCAGUAGGUUAUUAUUUCUUCACAACACAGCAGACUCUCUGCAGGACACUGAAUGUAGAUAUGGCUGCUGCCAGCUGUCUGCUGACUGAAGAUCAGUUUCUGUGCUCCAUCUGUCUGGAUGUGUUCACUGAUCCAGUCACCACACCAUGUGGACACAACUUCUGUAAAACCUGCAUCACUACACACUGGAAAAUGAAUGUCAAGUGUCAGUGUCCAAACUGUAAGAAGGUUUUCAGCACCAGACCUGAGCUGCAGGUCAACACCUUCAUCUCUGAGAUGGCUGCUCAGUUCAGACAGUCAGCUCAACAGAAAGCCAGCAGCAGCAGCUCAGAGCAACAAGUUUCCAAACCAGGAGAAGUUCCCUGUGACGUCUGCACUGGAACCAAACUGAAAGCCCUGAAAUCCUGCCUGGUGUGUCUGGUCUCCUACUGUGAGACUCACCUGGAGCCUCAUCUGACAAAGCCAGGCCUGAAGAAACAUCAGCUGAUCGACCCUGUGGAGAACCUGGAAGGCAGGAUGUGUCCAAAGCACGAUAAACAGCUGGAGCUGUUCUGUAAGACCGACCAGAUGUGUGUCUGCAUGCUCUGUGCUGUUUCAGACCACAAGACACAUGAUGUUGUUCCUCUGAGAGAAGAAUAUGAAGGAAAGAAGGCCGAGCUGGGGAAGACAGAGGCUGAAAUUCAGCAGAUGAUCCUGAAGAGACGACUGAAGAUUGAGGAGAUCAAACACUCAGUGGAGCUCAGUAAGGAAGAUGCAGACAGAGAGAUAGCAGAUGGUGUUCAGGUCUUCACCGCUCUGAAGGAGUCUGUUGAGAGAAGCCAGGCCGAGCUCAUGGACACCAUCAAAGAGAAGCAGAGAAAGACAGAGAAACAGGCUGAAGGCUUCAUCAAAGAGCUGGAACAGGAAAUCUCUGAGCUGAAGAAGAGGAGCACUGAGGUGGAGCAGCUCUCACACUCUAAAGACCACCUCCACCUCCUCCAAAGCUUCCGGUCCCUGAACACUGCUCCACCCACCAAGGACUGGACAGAGGUCAGCGUCCGUCCACCUUCAUAUGAGGGGACUGUGAGGAGAGCCGUGAGUCAGCUGGAGGAGACGCUCAGUAAACAGAUGAAGAAGCUGUUUGAGGUCGAGCUGAAGAGGGUCCAGCAGUCUGCAGUGGAUGUGACACUUGAUCCUGAUACAGCACAUCCUGGACUCAUUCUGUCUGAUGAUGGAAAACAAGUAAAGCUUGGUGAAGUGUGGAAGAAUGUCCCAGACAAUCCGAAGAGAUUUCAUGCUUAUGUUAAUGUCUUAGCAAAGCAGAGUUUCUCUUCAGGAAGAUUUUAUUAUGAGGUUCAGGUUAAAGGGAAGACUGGAUGGAAUUUAGGAGUGGCCAGAGAGUCGAUCAACAGGAAGGGAGAAAUCGCAGCAAACCCUCAGAAUGGCUUCUGGUUAUUAUCUUUGAGGAAUGAAAAUGAGUACUAUGCUCGUGCUGAUCCUUCAGUCAGUCUCUCUCUGAAGUCUCGGCCUGAGAAGGUGGGGGUGUUUGUGGAUUAUGAAGAGGGUCUGGUCUCCUUUUAUGAUGCUGAUGCUGCAGCUCUUAUCUACUCCUUUACUGGUGGCCACUUCACUGAGAAACUCUACCCAUACUUCAGUCCUUGUACUAACAAUUAUGGUAAAAACUCCGCCCCUCUGAUCAUCUCUCCUGUCACACUAAGUAGAACAGCCACUUAAUUUUCUGCAAACAGACUGCAAAACACUUCAUAAAAGAAAAUUACACAUUUACCAGCACUGUUGGCCUUUCAUGCUGAAUUCUUUUUCAGACUCUGAUGAAUGUUUUUUCCCCUUUUUUGAUGCACAGUUGGGACUUUUUGGAAAAUGUUUCUAUGCUUUUUUGCUUUUUCUAAAUACUGCUGCUACAUUUUUCAUGGAUUCCUAAAUUCAUUUGAAAAAACUUAAUUACAUGCACAAUAACAAGAUUCUUCUGUGAUUUUUUGUGUCCUGUAUCCAAACAGUAUUUGUAGUGCAUUUUCAAUCUGUUCAUCAAAACAAACUCCUGUAACUUCUCGUGCUCUGAUACUUAAAAAGAAAUUUUGUCACAGA